AUGUUGACAGCCGAGACAUGGUUGGAGGGGGAAGACUUGAUGGAUGAGGAUAUUGAGGUCGCCGCGCAACCCGCUGGCGAGGAGGCAGAGGAGGAUGAUAACAAUCAACAGCAGACGGUAUUUGGACUUGUUUCCACGUCUGCCGUUCUGCUGACUCCGCGCCAGCGUCUUCUCACCAGCCUCACUACACCUUGGCAGGAAUUUGAGACCGCUGGAGAAAUGGGAGAAAAAGAUCUUACUCCGACCUCCGUAAGUGUUAUCCGUUGA